AUUAGGGCCCCGGCCCCACCUCCCUGGCAACCAAAGGGACUCUUUCUCCUUAGCAACCAGCGAGGCUCCCACCAUGGCUGAAGAGGAGGCAGCUUCUGCCACGACGGAGAAAGCUAUCCGGAUCCAGAGGGUGUUUAUAAACCUGCUGGACUCGUACAGCAGCAGAAACAUCGGGAAGUUUCUUUCUAACUGUGUCCUUGGAGCUUCCCUUGAAGACAUCACCGAAGAGGAGGAAGAGGAAGACGAAUAUAAAUCCACCAUGCUGGACGCCUCCUUGGCCAAACUGAAGGAAGGCACGUUCCAGAUCGUGGGCACGCUUUCCAAGCCGGAAAGCCCCCGGCCCGACUUCGCCAUGGAGACCUACUGUGCCAUCUCUCGAGAAGACCUUCUCAUGCACCUGCUGGAGUGUGAUGUUAUCAUUUAUAACAUCACCGAGCACCCCCAGCAAGUGGAGGAAGCCGUCUGGGCUGUCUCUGCCCUGAAUGAAGAAACCAGCCAUUUCGCAAAGCGGAAGCUGUUUAUUUUAGUCUCCACAGUGAUGACCUGGGCACGGUCCAAAGCCCUGGACCCGGAUGAUACUGAGAUUCCAUUUACUGAAGAGGAUUAUCGAAGAAGAAAGCACCACCCUAAUUUUCUGGACCACAUAAAUGCUGAAAAAAUGGUUCUCAAACUUGGGAAAAAUGUCAAAAAAUUUGCCACUUACGUAGUUGCUGCUGGACUUCAGUAUGGAAUGGAAGGAGGCAUCUUACAUGCUUUUUUUAAGCUGGCUUGGCUGGGUGAGGUCCCCGCAUUACCCGUGUUUGGAGACGGAACAAAUAUAAUUCCAGCAAUUCAUGUUCUUGAUCUAGCAGGCGUGAUACAGAACAUAAUCGACCAUGUGCCGAAGCUGCAUUACCUGGUUGCUGUGGACGAUUCUGUUCAUACCCUGGAGGACUUUGUCAAGUGCAUCAGUAGAAGUACUGGCCCUGGGAAAAUCCAGAAAGUACCCAAAGAAAAUGCUUUCCUAACCAAGGACUUAACACAAGAGAAUAUCGACCACUUACUGCUCAAUUUGAGAAUGGAAGCACUCUUUGUGAAGGAGAAUUUCAACAUUCGCUGGUCCGCGCAAGCAGGCUUUGUGGAAAAUAUCAACAGUAUCCUCAAAGAGUACAAGCAAAGCAGGCGAUUGUUGCCCAUCAAAAUUUGCAUUCUCGGUCCUCCUGCCGUGGGAAAAUCCAGCAUUGCGGAGGCGUUGUCCAAAUACUACAAACUGCAUCACAUUAAACUGAAGGAUGUUGUUUCGGAAGCCAUAGCAAAACUGGAGGCGAUCGUCACACCUAAGGAGGUAGGAGAAGGAGGAGAAGAAGAAGGGGAAGAGGAGGAGGAGGAGGAGAACGUGGAGGAUGCUCAGGAGCUCUUAGACGGCAUCAAGGAAAGCAUGGAACAGAACGCAGGCCAACUGGAAGAUCAAUACAUAAUUAGAUUUAUAAAAGAAAAGCUAAAAUCCAUGCCUUGCAGAAAUCAAGGUUACAUUUUGGAUGGAUUCCCAAAGACUUAUGAUCAAGCCAAAGAACUGUUCAAUCAAGAAGAUGAAGAGGAGGAGGAAGAAGUCAAAGGCAAAAUGCUUCCCCAUGAUAAAUUAAUCAUACCUGAAUUCGUCUGUUCGCUGGAUGCCUCGGAUGAUUUCCUGAAGGAGCGGGUGAUCAACCUCCCGGAGAGCAUCGUGGCGGGGACACACUACAGCCAGGACCGCUUCCUCCGAGCUCUGAGCAACUAUCGGCACAUCAACACCGAAGACGAGACUGUCUUGAACUACUUCGAUGAACUUGAAAUCCACCCAACACACAUAGAUGUAGGGAGACUCGAAGACGCUCAAAACAGACUUGCUAUCAAACGGCUCAUCAAAGAGAUUGGGGAGCCCCGCAAUUACGGCCUAACAGACGAAGAAAAGGCCGAAGAGGAGCGGAAGGCUGCGGAGGAGCAGCUGGCCAGGGAGGCCUUGGAGGAAGCAGAGCGAGAGCAGCAGGAGGCGGUGGAGACAGCCGAGAGGACGGCUCGCUGGGAGGAGUGGAAUAAAAGACUAGAAGAAGUGAAAAGAGAAGAAAGAGAAUUAUUGGAGGCUCAGUCUAUUCCCUUGAGAAACUAUUUAAUGACCUACGUUAUGCCGACGCUUAUGCAGGGUCUCAACGAGUGUUGUAAGGUUAGACCCGAUGAUCCUGUUGAUUUUCUGGCAGAGUAUCUUUUCAAGAACAAUCCUGAAACUCAGUGAAACUUUAAAGAUUGCAUGCCAUGUACUUUUACAGAGGUGGAGAUGAGUUUAACAUUGUAAUCUGAAAAAUUGCUUUAAAAAUGUUUUUUGUAGUUUUGGGGAAAUUCUUUCUUUCUUCCUGCAAAGAAAUAUUUUAUUAAGUAGAAUCAUCAUAAAAAGCUCUAUGGCAAUGAGCUACUGCAUCACUAAAAGCAUAUUUUGAGAGGUAAAUUGUUAAGGUAUCUGUGCAUAGCUUAUGGGGUAAAUACUGAUUUAAUAUUUCAUUCUUAGUCUAAGUAUUCUGCACACUAAUACUUAGAGUAACUUAAUUUAUAGCAUGAGGGAAAUCAGACUAUGUAUUAUUCUAACAUGUAUGCUAAUGAAUUUAUGUGGUUUGUUAUGGCCCAUUUGUGCUGGAAAUGGAAAUAAAUUAGAACUGUUUAUGCUUUAUGAGUCA